GCUAACUAUUCAAGUUUCCAAACAAUAAAUAAAUAAAUAAAACAAAAAGAAAGCGAAAGGAAAAGAAAUUUUCGAGUGCACAGAAAAUUUUUCGAUUCAUUCUUGGAAAAACUUGAGACGCGCCGAGUUUGCUUAGGCAAACAUACAGUGUGAGGAGUUGAAGAGAGUUGAUAUUUUGGAAUUGGGGAUUCAGGCGAAGCGUAAGCAAUACAAAUCCAAAUCCAAAACCACCUACAGCUACAGCUACUUAAUAAAUAAUAUAGAAAUUCUUGCUGAAAUCUAUGUAACGGUGUUCACAAUUAAUUGCAACAACAAGUGCAAAUUUUUACGAGCUGCUUUUAAACAACCAAAUUAUAGUAAAUAUAAUAAAACGAAAUAUUGCAAGUGAGAGGUUAUUCAAUUAGAGCCCAAGACAAGAUGGCCAAGCCAUCAGCAACACGGAGUGACAGCAGCAACAACUGCAAGAAUCAACGCAGUGGCAACGGCAGCAACAGCAACAACAACACAAAUCCGGCUGCCUUCAACAACAAUAAUAACAAUAGCAAUAAUAAUAUGAAUAAUAGUAGCAGUAAAUUGAACGGCAACAUUUGCCAACCAACUCUACCCGCUCCGGCCAACACGCCGCUGAACAAGGCCAUCAAGCACGACCUCUUCCCGGAGGUGACAUUCUGCAAUCUGUCCGUGGAGGAGCUCAACGAUGGCGCCGGCCACAGUCGCACGACGGUGCGCAACAGCAUCAUUGCUCUGGAUGGCGAUGGCACCUUGACCAGCCUGAUGACCGGUAAUCAGGUGAAGAAGCGCAAGCGUUUGAUAUCGAAUGAAUCGGGUGAUUCCAUUGACUCGAGCAGCACGGAGAAGAAGACGCCCAAGAUGCCGGAUGGCGGCUAUGGUUGGGUCGUUGUCUUUGCCUCGCUGAUGAUAUCGCUCAUCUGGGAUGGUCUGUCCUUCUCCUUUGGCCUCAUCCACACGGAGCUGUUGGCCUACUUUGGUGAGUCGCCAACGAAGACGGCUUGGAUUAGUUCGUUGUUCUUCUCGGUGCCGCUGCUCAUGGGCCCCAUCUGGUCGAAUCUGGUGGAUAAAUACGGCUGCCGCAAGAUGACCAUACUGGGCGGGAUUGUUUCCGCCUUUGGCUUUGCCAUCUCCUCCGUCUGCAAUUCCAUUGAAAUGCUGAUGAUCACCUUUGGCAUCAUCAGCGGCCUGGGACUGGGCAUUGGCUAUGUGACGGCCGUGGUAUCGAUUGCCUUUUGGUUCGAUAAGAAGCGCAGCUUUGCCACAGGCAUCGGCGCCUCGGGCACGGGCAUUGGCACCUUCAUCUAUGCCCGCCUCACACAGUAUUUGGUGGACUCGUAUGGCUGGCGAGGCGCCACACUUAUUUUGGGCGGCACCAUGCUGAAUGCGUGUGUGUGCGGCGCUCUGAUGCGCGAUCCGGACUGGCUGAUCGAGGAGAACCGGCUGGAGAGCCGGUCGCAGAGUGUGACCACAUUUUCGAAUUCGAGCGUUUGUCUGGAGGAGAUCAGGAAGCUGCUGGAUACGGGCAUCACCAAGGAGGCCGUGCUGGAUACGCUGGUGACCAAGAAUAACACGGAGGCCAAUCAGCAGAUCGACGAUCCGCUCGACUCGAGCCUCAAGCGCUAUCGCAGCGAACUCUUCUUGCCCACAUUUCUCAGCAUCCAGGAGCUGGAUAGCAUUUGCGAGGUGAAGAGCUUGAGUCGUCGUUCGUUGCGGCUUAAGGAGGGCGCCGAGGCGCCAUCACGGGAAAAUCUUCUAUCCCUGUCGUCGGGCGCUGCAGCCUAUGGACCCACGGCUACUAUUCUCGGCUCGCCGGAUGAUACGCUCAUGGGCGGCAUACCGGCUGAGGUCGCGGAGGCGGCCAAGAAGAGCUAUUUGGCGUCGAUUGAAACACUGUCGCCGUCGGAGAAACGCUCCACGGUGGCGGGCACACCCAUUGGCUCGCUGCGCUCCUCGGACGAGGGCUAUCUCACCCAGAAGCACAACGAUGCGCAUUAUGCCAGCUCGCGGUAUUCCUUGAAUGAAAAUCUCUUUAUGGGCAAACACAAUUCGGCAUCGCUGUCCAAUCUGAGGGUCAAUGAGCAGCGCCACAACUCGGUGGACAUACUGAGCGAUGAUAUGCACGCCUAUUACAUGUCCAUCAAGGAAGAGACCUUUGCGCUGCUCGAUCAACAGGCACCCAGGCACCGACCAUAUGCAGCUGGUGCUGGAGCUGGUUCUGGUGCUGGUUCUGGUGCUGGAGCCGGUGCCUCUACAGUGAUUGCCAUACCCGAACACGAACAGGAUAACAGCGAGCUGGCCUUGCGCCGUUCCCGUCUGGACAGUAUUACGGGCAUUCGCCGUCUGUCGCGCUCCAAAAAGCCCAAUCCGCAUCGCUCGAAUCUGCGUCGUAACAUCUCCAUCAGGAACUCCAACUUCCUAAAGGAUAUGCGCAUACAUCGCAACUCCAUACAUUAUCGCGGUGCCAUGCUCAAUACGCAUCGAUAUCGUCUGCGCGCCUCCUCCUGCCCCAACAUCUAUCGCAACUCAAUGACCACCAUUGCCAAGGAGGAAGAAGACGUGAGUAGAGGAACUGGGUUGAUAUAUAAGUUGAAUGUAGACAGGGCGAAAAUAUGGACCUGGUAUGAGAGUUUUGUGGACACCAUGAAAUCGGUGUUUGAUUUCUCGCUCUUCUUGGAUAAAAAGUUUGCGCUCUUCAAUCUAUCGACAUUGUUUUUGUUCAUUUGGUUUAUCAUACCCUAUCUUUAUCUGCCCGAUUACAUGAAGACUUACAACUACGAGGUGAGCGUUAGCGCUGUGCUCAUAUCGGCAAUUGGCAUUGCGCAAACAGUGGGUAUGAUCGGCCUUGGCUACCUGGGCGAUCUGCCCUGGAUGAACAUCAAUAUUUGCUAUUCCAUAUGCAUGCUGAUUUGUGGUGCUUCGGUAUUUUUUAUGCCUAUGCUAAUAACCAGCUACAAUGGACUGAUGACCAUGUGUGUAAUAUUUGGAUUCACUUUUGCCAGCUCGUUUUCGUUUACGCCCAGCAUCUUGGUCAGUCUGGUUGAUUUGGAUGAUUUCACUUGUGCCUACGGUUUGGUGCUGCUGAUCCAGGGCGUUGGCAUGAUAGCCGGUCCGCCCAUAGCAGGUGCCAUUUUUGAAUAUACGGGCAGAUGGGACGACUCCUUCUACUAUGCGGGCAUAUUUAUAGCACUCUCCGGCGUCUGUUCGUAUAUGAUUGAGUUCUGUGAGGACAAAGCAACUAAGGAGAGUGAUAGUGAUGUCUCAGAGACUAAAAAAGCUCAACUUUUACAUUAGAUUACUUAGAUGAACACUCACACACAUACAGUAGAAGAAAAUGAAAACAAAAUAUAUACAUAUAUAAUUCAAGGUACUAAAAUUGACAAACUUCAGUGCAAUUAAGCAGCACUGCGGCCUCAGAAAAACACAAAAACAAAAGAGAAAACAAAAGUUAAUGGACUAGCAUUAAAUGUUAUCAAGUUUCUUAUGUCAAAUGCUGUUGCAGCUAAAAAAACAAAACAACAUAAAACUCAGAGCGAAUUAGUAGAUAAUUAAUUCAUUAUAUGUAAGCAGAAAAGCAAACAAAAACAAUUUGACUUGAAAACUAAUUAUUAAAACAACUAUAUUAGUUAACUAAAGCACUAGGACAACUACAUUGUACGUAUACUCCAAUACCGCACAUUAAAAAAACAACAACAACAACAAGAAAAACAUGAUAUACUAAUAAAAAGAUCAAACUAUACACAUUAUAUGAUUAUAAUAAUAUAAAUUCAAUAUAUCAAUUGCAGUGCAUCACUGCCAUGCGCAAAACGGGUUCCCCACAUUGUCUUCUUUAUUAACGCGAAUAAUAGUUAGAGAUAAACGUUCGAAAAGUAAUAUUCAAUAACUAAAUUAUAUACUAAUCUAAUAUAAAAGAAAUAUGCCUACAUUUUGAAAGAACAACCAAGAAAUAUACACAUAAACUAAACCAAUCUAUGUAACGUAUGCAAUAAAUUCAAAGACAAUUUUUCAAACAAUCUUAGCGAAAGUCUUCAAACAAAUUGAAAUUAACAAUAGCUACAACUUUUGUAAAUGGAGCAAUGUUGAAAUAAAAGUUUAGCACCCGAAUUGCAAAUGGUAUGCAACAAGUUUUUAUCAAUUUUUGUCAUUAAAGGAAAAAAACUAAAUAAAUAAAAAAAAA